AAGCCGAGCUUGGCAACAGGCGCCGAGUGUGUUACACAGCAGUUAGACUACAGUAAAUCAGCAGUUUACCAGCAGAGAUGAACGAAGAAGGGAAAAGGCGUUUCUUCAUAGUAAUUCGGGGGCAGAGCAGAAAGAAGUUCACGCGAGGCUGCAUCGGACGUGUGGACGCAGAGACGCAGAGUGGAGAUCUUAUUGCACUGAUUCAUGCAGGGGGCAGUUGUAAGUGUACAGCUGUAGUGAAGAAGGAAGACGCAUGUCCACUCACCCAGCACCAAGCCCAGCUACUGUUGUUCGUCUCUCCUGCCAGCCGGCGCCUGGAGGUGCUGUGCAAUGUUGCGCUCUUCAGUGCCAUCUGUGAACUGGCACAGGAGGAUCUGGUGGUGGUCCGGUCCAAAAAGGGUUUUCAGCCUUGCUUGAUAAAGAACCUCGUACAGAUUGGUCAGAAGGGCAGCCCAGAAGACCUGCAGAUGCUGGGCUUUGAGUUAGAGUUGUCCCAGAAUGCAGAGCAAAAGGUGCUGAAGAAGUCCAUUGCGAUGCCCUGGUUCAGUGCCUCAGACAUUGUGCAGGUGGCUCCGAAAUUAAGGCACCACACUUCAGGUUUAACCAGAACAAUUGUUUCUCGCACGGAUUCCAUGCCCAGUUUUAGCUCUCCUUGUGGAAAAUUGUGGAAUAAAAUAUCUAGCCAGGAAAUGUUCCCCACCAAGACCCUUUGCCGUCAUCCUUUGGAGGUUGGGUCAUUGGUGGAGGUUGUGUUUGGGAAUAGGCUUGUAUAUGGUGUAAUCAGGUGGAUUGGGGUUCUGGAAGGAAAGAGACAUGAGUGGGCGGGGCUUGAGAUGGAGGUUGACACGACCAUUGUUUCAGAUGGGAAGUUUGGCACUAAGCGCUACUUCACGUGUGAGGGGAACAGGGCUCUUUUUGUGCCACUGGAGCAGUGCAGACCAGACAGCAGGUUCCUGCUCACAUUACCUGCACAGGAGCUGCUCACACCACCCCAGACCCUGCCUCCUACACUGGUAGAGGAUGUGGAUGAAUAUGUGCUUCCUGUAGCUGAGUCUGCGGCCUUGUCUUUAUUGGUGGGCAGGAUGAAGGGAAUCCAGGGGCAUUUCAACUCCUGCUACCUAGACGCCACCCUCUUUGGUCUUUUCAGUUCAUCUAUGAUACUGGACAGUGUUUUUCAUAAAUCAGCAGAUGUAGAGACGGACAUCUCACGCACUUUAAGGAGAGACAUUGUGAACCCUUUACGCAGAUGCGGCUUCGUGUCAGCGAAGAGUGUAAUGAAUCUGCGCAAAAAGCUUGGCUGCGGCUCAUUCGUUACAGAAGAGAAAGAUCCAGAGGAGUUUGUCACUGUCCUCUUUAAGGAGGUUCUACAUACAGAAUCCUUACUAAAAAUCAGGUCAAAUAGAGAGCUAUAUCAGGAGGCCUAUACCCACCAGAUAAUUAUUGAGAAGAGUCAAGUGAAAUCUGCUCCAAAUGUCCAAGAGCUUCUGUUAAUGUCUUUCAUGACAAGUGGCCUGAAGUUUGAUGAGGUUCCAACCUGUCUGAUACUUCAGAUGCCACGGUUUGGGAAGAAAUUUAAGAUGUUUCCUCAUAUCAUUCCCUCCACAGAGCUAGACAUCACUGACCUCUUGCCUAGCUCCCCAUUAGAGUGCUUUCUCUGCGGUCAGCUCGCUGUGUGUGAAUGCAUACAGUGCACGGAGGACCACAAGCUCCAGCCAGGCGUGAUGAAACUGUACUGCUCCACCUGCAACAUACAGGUGCACGCUCACCCCUCCAGACAGACACACAACCCUAUGUCAAUCUCUGGACUUGAGCUGUUCCCAGCAGAUGAGCCUGUGAAGAAGCAUCGGAUGCAGCUGUUUGCAGUGCUCUGCAUUAAGACCAGCCAUUAUGUGUCCUUUGUGAAAUAUGGCCCUAGUCCUAAAUCCUGGCUCUUCUUUGACAGCAUGGCUGACCGAUGUGGUGAUGACACCAAAGGCUACAACAUCCCUGUAGUCAGAGCAUGUCCGGAGGUAGGAGACUUCCUGUCCCAGCCGGAGGACAAACUGACCCGAGCAGACUUGAGUCAGACCAGUGAGCUGGUGCGCAGACUGCUGUGUGACUCCUACAUGUACCUGUACCAAAGCACAGCCACAAACACCUAUCAGAUCUGACCUCACAGACUUCUCAUGCUGCCCUGAAAACACAUCAUUCUCAUCUGGUCCCUAUAUCAUCAUGACAUCAUUACAAUUAUGUUGUGGAGGUGACAGAAAUAGUUCUCCUGCUCAAAUAGGUUUCAAUUCUGAAUUAGGCAGUGGUGUAAAUCAUUAUUUGUUUGAGAAGAGAAGCCAGAAAUCUGACCAAUUUGAAGAUUAGUGCUCUAUUGUAGCUUUUGUUGAUGUGAUCCAGGCUACGGUAUAAGAAAUCCAUGGUUUUCUAGCUGUUUAUAUGUUAUUUUAUACAGCCUAUAGGUGUUUAUAGCUCUUGUAAUUUAAUAUCAAUUCUUGUUUUGUACUGAUGUUAAUUCA